AUGAGCUCCGAGACUCCUCUCAUCACAAUCUCAGCGAAAACCCCAACGCAGACUUAUUCAGUGGAAAUUGACCAAAAUGCGACUGUCAGCGAUCUCAAAGACAAACUUCUUAUCCAGCUUACGAACGCUACCAAGAAUCGACUGUGUGUUAUCUACACCGGUAAAAUCUUGAAGGACGAGGAGACGCUUUUGCAGCAUAAAAUCGGCAAUGGUCACACCGUUCAUUUGGUAGUUCGAGCUGAGCAACGUGCACCGCCCGCGGCUCCACCAUCUGUAGCUCCAUCGGCUGCUACUACUACUACUACGCCAACAGCUCCAGGCGCUGGAUUGACUUUCGGCGGUAUGCCACAGCCAGGCGAUAUUAUGAACAAUCCGGACAUGAUGCGUCGUAUGAUGGACAGUCCGAUAAUGCAAAGCUUGCUCAGCAAUCCGGAGCUCAUGCGCACCAUGCUUACAUCGAAUCCGCAAUUCCAACAGCUUAUUGAGAGAAACCCAGAAGUUGCUCAUUUGCUCAACGAUCCGAGUAUCAUGAGGCAAACGAUGGAAAUGAUUAGAAACCCAAACAUGUUCCAAGAAAUGAUGAGAAAUCAUGAUAUCGCCAUCCGCAAUCUUCAGGGAAUACCUGGCGGUGAAGCGGCGCUUGAAAGACUCUACAAUGAUGUGCAAGAGCCAUUGCUGAGCAGCACGACAAACUCGUUGAGUGGAAAUCCAUUCGCUUCGCUUCGUGAUCAGCCAGCAACCCCACGCAGCGAUCGUCAAGGACAGGAAAACAGCGAAGCUUUACCGAAUCCAUGGGCCCCACGUCAGCCGUCUGCGAAUACGGCUCCGGCGGCUACGAAUAAUCAAGCGGAAUCUGCUAAUCCAUUCGGAGGAAUGCUCAACUCGCCAGGAAUAUCGUCGCUCAUGCAGCAAAUGAUGUCGGAUCCGAAUGUUUCAGCUUCUCUCUUCAAUCCUCAAAUGAUGCAGCAAAUGAGGCAGAGUUUACAGUCGAAUCCGCAGCUUCUCGAUAUGAUUGUUAGUGCUAGUCCAGCUGCUCAAGCGAACCCAGAAUUGACAAGUGUUCUCCGCGAGCGUCUUCCCGAUAUGCUUGAUUUGAUGACCAAUCCUCAAGCACUCCAAGCCAUGCAAAAUCCACGGGUCGUUGAAGCCAUGCAACAGAUUCAACAGGGAUUCACCACUUUGAGAGCAGAGGCGCCGGAAUUGAUUGGAAUGUUCCGCAACAUGGGAGCUGGAGGUGCAAAUGCUGGCGCGUCUGCAGGUUCUGCCACAGGUGCUCAGAACUCCAGUACAAAUCCAACCGGAAUGGAUUCACAGAUGAACGCAUUGUCGCAACUUCUAUCGGGAAUGCGAACUGGUGGAGCAGCGCCACAGGCGACGAACAAUGUGAAUCCGGAGCAACAAUACGCGACGCAAUUGGAACAGCUGCAGGGCAUGGGAUUCUCGAAUCGCGCGGCCAAUAUUGCGGCGCUCACCGCUUCGUAUGGAGACUUGAACGCCGCUGUCGAACGGCUCCUCAACUCGCCACAGUAA